AUGGUUUUCAAGAAGUUCGUUUUCUGCAUAUGUAGCAUUCUGGGACUCCGAGGAGGGUGGCGAAGAAGGGUUUUCGCGACUGCUAUCACACUAGACAAAAUCAAAGAAGGGUCUUCUCCAUCGCGGCAGACGGGUUCAAGUGAAAUAAGAUCAAGAUUUGGAGACGAUCAUGAAGCUAACUGUGAUCAAGUUGAGAAGAUAUGCUGUGUUAUAUGCUUGUCAAGAUUGAAGGAAGGAGAGGAAAAGCGUUUGCUUCCAUGUCACCACGAGUUUCACAGAGAGUGUGUCGAUAAGUGGUUGAAUACUAGCCGGAAAACGUGCCCGGUGUGCCGGUUCUUGAUGGAAGAUGAACAACAGACCCCUCAAAAAAGAGAAUUUUUAACGGAGGAGAUGGUGAUAUGGUUUUCUUCCUUUCACGUCGCUGGCUUCUGA